AAAAAAUAGUACAAUAAAAUGGAAGCUUUUUACUUUCUGGUGUUUGGGGCAUUGUCAGCUGUAGUUGCUGCAUUGGAGUUUAGCAAAACGAGCAAAGAUCGGAUAACUACCACACCUGCUUUCAAUUCUUUCAAGAACAAUUACAUUCUUGUCUAUUCUCUCAUGAUGGCUGGUGAUUGGUUGCAGGGUCCUUAUGUCUACUACCUUUACACAACAUAUGGAUAUGGGAAGGGUGAUAUUGGCCAUCUCUUUAUUGCUGGCUUUGGAUCUUCCAUGCUAUUUGGGACAAUUGUAGGAUCCUUGGCAGACAAACAGGGUCGAAAGCGGGCUUGUGUCACAUACUGCAUCACUUAUAUUUUGAGCUGUAUUACCAAACAUUCUCCUCAGUACAAAAUCUUGAUGGUGGGCCGUAUAUUAGGAGGAAUUGCCACUUCUCUCCUAUUCUCAUCCUUCGAGUCUUGGCUUGUUGCAGAGCAUAAUAAGAGGGCCUUUGAUCAACAAUGGCUAUCAUUAACAUUCUCAAAAGCAAUAUUUCUUGGCAAUGGUCUUGUGGCUAUUUUGGCCGGGCUUUUUGGAAAUGUUCUUGUGGACACACUAAAUCUGGGUCCUGUUUCUCCUUUUGAUGCUGCUUCAUGUUUCCUUGCUAUUGGUAUGGCCAUUAUACUGUCAUCUUGGACUGAGAAUUAUGGUGAUGCUUCAGAAAACAAAGACUUAAUUACCCAAUUCAAGGGUGCUGCUGUGGCAAUUGCUUCUGAUGAGAAAAUCGCAUUGUUGGGUGCUAUACAGUCACUAUUUGAGGGUUCAAUGUAUACUUUUGUGUUUCUCUGGACUCCUGCUUUGAGCCCUAAUUCAGAGGAGAUUCCUCAUGGCUUCAUCUUUGCGACUUUCAUGUUAUCUUCCAUGUUGGGCAGCUCCCUUGCAUCUCGAUUACUAGCUCGCUCAUCUCUCAAAGUCGAAAGUUAUAUGCAGAUUGUUUUUGCAGUAUCUGCUGUCUGUCUCUUUAUCCCUGUCUUGACAAGUUUCUUGGUGACACCUUCUACUGAAAAAGGUGGAGGCAUUACUUUCUCUGGCUGCAUUCAGCUUCUUGGUUUUUGUGCAUUUGAGGCUUGUGUCGGAGUAUUUUGGCCUUCUAUAAUGAAAAUGAGGUCCCAGUACAUUCCUGAAGAGGCUAGAAGCACAAUCAUGAACUUUUUCCGCAUUCCUCUCAAUAUCUUCGUAUGCGUUGUGUUGUACAAUGUCGACUCAUUUCCAAUUACUGUUAUGUUCGGCAUGUGCUCGAUAUUCCUCUUUCUGGCAUCAAUCUUGCAGAAACGCCUCUCUGCUGUUGUUGAAAAGUCAAAACCUCAAGAUUGGACAACACACAAGGAGAGAGAAAUGGAAACUGCACCUCUAAAUGCCUGAGUUGAUGAAGUUGCUGGGACGCGUUAAUUCAGCGAGACCAUGCAGCAGAACACAACUAUCAGUUUUCUAUCAAUAGGUAAAUAGAGUGCUAUUUAUGAACUACAAUACAACACACCUGUGGUUAUUUCUCAUCAGAAGGAUAUGAAGAAGUUACCUUCAUUGCAGCAUGAAAAUAGGGGUGGGUAUCCUUCUAUCAAUAUAUGAAAGCUGAUGCAGAGUUGCUGCUACACUGCAUGUUUUCUUGAUAAUGUAAACGCAUAUUUGCCAUUUUUGGAUUUUAUUUUAAUUAAUUCAUUUAGUAUUAGUUUAUCUCUCAUAUGUUGAGGACAACGUUUUUGCAGUCAUAUUAUAUUUACUAUGAAUAAUACUCAUUCUUUUU